UAGAAAGGACUGGAGAGCUCUGUGUUGGAAUGUGAUUCAGUUCAUACCGCAGUACUUUUGAAAGGCACCAUAUUAAUUUACUGGAAAACACAGCUGAAGACGUCCCAUCCUUGACUUUAAUUUACUUUAUAUGAAGUUACCGUCUUGAGGACGGCAACAAGGGAAGAUAUGUCUCAGCAGCACCGGGUGGUUCUGCUGUCAGCGGCGUCACUUGCAAUUGUUUUCGGAAAAGACGAGGAGAGCUCCGUGGCUGGGGAAGGGAAACACACUACUACAAGUGCCAGCGGUCUGGACAUCUUCCAGGAAUUUAAAUCCCAGAAUUUGCGCAGUUUCUGGAAUAAGAGACUCGUAAAGGCUAUCGCUGAAGUUUACUUUCAGGGAUGGUUGGAUAGUGCUGUUCUACUUGUCCAGGGGAGUGCUAAUAAUUUGGAGGUGCUGAGAGAAGCAUGGAUGCGCAGAGCCCUAAGGUCACCAAAAGGACUGGCCAUCAAAGCUGUUGGUGAUCUGUCUCCAGUACAGAUGACACCCAUCUCUCAGUCCCAAUUUAUCCCGCUUUCAGAGGUGCUCUGUUCAAUCAUCUCUGACAUGAAUGCUGCUGAUGUGGUGGUCAACCAGGAGGCUCUGAUAAAUCAUAUGAUGAAAGCCCACCCAGGAAUGACCAUCCCCACUCAAGACAUCCUUUACAGUGCCUUGGGAACUUUGAUAAAAGAAAGAAAAAUCUACCACACUGGGGAGGGCUACUUCAUUGUUACCCCAAGGACCUACUUCAUCACCAACAGCCUGGAGAAGGAGGAAAGGUGGUGGACAACAGGAGAGAACUCUCUCCCCUCUCCUCCUCCUAUCACCUACCUGCUGAGCAUUGAGAACUCUGUGGAUGCCACUACUCCACCUGUGGCCCACUGUAAGUCCUGCAGCUGCUUUCACUCACAGACCACUGUACCCCCAUCUGUACAGGACCAAAAUUCUGUCAGUGAGUGCACAGGCAAAAGUCUCAAGUGGUCCAAAGAACAGAAGCCAUCUGUCCAGAACCAGUCCACGUCCACAGCAGCUGACUGCCAGGCAAGCGAGAUCAGCAAAUCCACAUGCACUACCACUGGUAAUCGCAAGGAUAAACCUAGCCGCAAGUUUGGCCUCAGCCUGUUCCGCAGAAACACAGGGAAAAAUAAGGAGAACAAACCGAAAAAGGAAUACGCCACCUUCUCUGGACAGUUCCCUCCAGAAGAGUGGCCAGUGCGGGAUGAGGAUGACCUAAAUAAUCUUCCAAGGGACCUGGAGCACGCUAUUAUCAAACGCAUAAACCCUCAGCUGACUGUUGACAACUUGGUCCGGCACACAGUCUUGAUGAAGAAGCUGCAGGACAGGGGAGAGAGAGGGGCUGAAAGAGCUGUGGAUAAAGGCAUGUCUACUGAGAUACUUGUCUCGAAGCAGAAGCGCCACCCCCCCAAAUCUGGAGGCAAGAGGUCUGCCUCUAGAGCUGCUAGGACUAAGAGAAGAGGCCCUAUAGCCAGAGAGAAACAGAGACUGAAGACCAAGGCUCUGCAGUGUGCUGACAACUUAGAAGGUGACGAUGUAAUACCCUCUCACCCUCAGCCUGAAUUGUUUCUGGAUGAGCUUGAUAGCCAUGACGACUCUACCACUGUGGAGGCAAAGUAUGUGUAUAAGAAACGUAUAGAGAACCCUUUUCAGGGGAUACCCAUUAGGGACACUACUCAGACAGUGGGUCACAGAGAGCACAGGAGACGAGAGAAUAAGAGGCAAAAUUCUGGAUACAGGGAACAUGUAGGUCACAGGUCAAAGUCAUGGGACCCUCACCGUGCAAAAGGUGCAUCAGAUGAGACAGAGAAAUCCCACACCCUCAAGGACAGAUCCUGUGAACGUCUUCAAGACAGAGGCUUAAUCAUGGACUCCACCCUGGACCCUAAACCUAUUGGAGAACUCUCUAGUAAUUACAGCCCUCUCUAUCCAGAGAGCUGCACCCUGAAGAUGGAAGAAAAGGUCAGACAGCUCAGGGGAAGACAAGUUCGAGGCAAGGAGUGUAGAGACAAACACAAUAAGGAAGUCACACCCAGGAUCAUAGAGGAUGGAGAUAUAAGAGGUGUACCUGACCAGAAACAUAAGGCAAGUCCAGAUCACCCAUCUCAUCCUUAUGAAACCACAGAUGCAGUCAUGUCUUGGCCCAAAUCCACUGUUCCGCGUAGGCUGACCGUAUGUCAUCUUAACAUCAAAGAGGAUUCCAGUGAUCGACCAGACCUGCUUGCCUCACACCAGCAAACCAGUAGUAUGGCAAGCAGUAAACCGGCACUAGACAUGAGGUGCAUGCACAGGAGCACAAGCCAGGUGGAAAGCGAUGGCUACACUGAUGAUGACAAACAAAUCUACCAGAGAGCAGAGGGGGACUAUGAUGAAGAUGGCUGCAGCUCUUUGUGUCUGAAUGAGGACUAUGUUAUUGGCAGCAGUGAGGUAUCCCUCCCAGGAUUGACCCAGUGCCGGCAGUCCCUCAGUGUGGAUGGGCAAUGGGAAAGCAAAGCGGAAGGAAACACAACCAGUGCCCAGUUGGACCACGUCAAAAUCAAUCCCAAACCAAAUGUAGCUUACAAGUGGCAGUUGGCCAGCAAUGAGUACCAAGCAAUGCUGUCCAUCAGUCGGCAUGCAUCCAGCCCCAGAUAUGAGGACCAAGGUGUGGGUGAGAGAUUACAGCCAGGCGGUCUGGGUUUGGGAACCAGAUCUCCAACAGAAAGCCUAGGUUUGGGUGAAGCAGUACAUUGUUCUGCUUUGGGAGACCACGAGCCUACUGAGGCCCAUGACAGCAGUAUUUUUGACUACUGUCCGAUGAGUGAGUUGGACACAGACACUGAAACUGUGCAGAAGUAUACAAACGAAGGAGACAGCCAGUCCAACCACAGGGUGUCUGCCUUACACAUGGUGGAUAGAUCUCAUGGCCAGUCAGAAGCCUGGGAGGAUGAAAUAGUCCAUCCCACAGUGAGUGAGAGUCAGAGCAUGCCCAAUGCAGCAUGUUCAGGAGAAACAGUGGAAAGUCACAAUAACACAGUAGACAGCGGCAUUGACUCCCCAAGGACAUGUUUGAGUCUAACAUCAAAUAACUCAGCGAUACUGAGGGGACUGAAACGUGGUGGUUUCUUGCAAAAUCUGGAGAAACUUCACUCCAAAAGCACCAACAUGCACACUCAGAGCUCUCUGCUUCAACUCACUCCUGUCAUGAAUGUCUGA